GAUCAGUAAACUUCUUGAGGAGUCUGUUUCCUGACCUGGCUUACCUUAAAUGGCUGACAAUGUGUUGUGAGAUCAAAAAGCAAGAUGGAUAAAGCCAAGAAGGAACUGACAAACUCUUUGGGAAGAAGUCCAUAUCCCCCAUAUCCCAACAGCCAAAGAGCAGACUCUAGUGCAGGAACCAGCUCAACUCCAGUGGAUUCUUCCUACAGAACAUUCAAUAAAAAAUAUCCAGUGGUGAAAGAACGUGGAUUUUAUUCUGAUGUCCUGACACCUGGUGCUUCAGAUCUCUUGGGUGAUGUGUGCACUGGUCCCAAUGUGUACCAAGAUUUAUUGCAGCAGUCAGAGCUUGAGGAGCACACACCAGAAGUCUCAACAUUUGAUACACCAGAAAAUAUUGGACUUAUCUUGGAUAAUCAGAAAAUUGGACCAACUACACAAAUUAUCAAAGAGUCAGAUUUUCCACUGCAAGCAUAUAAACCCAAGGUUCAAAUUCCAUUUGAAGUGCUUCCAGGACAAUGCCCUCGAAAAAUUGCAAUUGAGAGGAAAAGGCGAUUAUAUCUCAGCUUAGAUAUCACAAAACUUUUAGAAAAUGCAGGAAUAAAUUCUAAUGAGCUGAUGCCAAGACACCAAGACCCUGCUAAUUUACCAACAAUUGAACAAAACAAAGACCCCCUUUUCCCCAUCUAUCUACCAUUACAGAUUUUUGAUGAUGAAGAAUAUGAUUGCCGGACCCCAGAAGAGUGGCUAUCAUUGGGGGUAGAGCCUGAAUCUUCAGAUCGGAAACCAAUCCCAGGAAAAGCACUCCUACCUACUGAUGACAUACUUGGACAUGGAGAUCCAAAAAGCCACACACUGAUCUAUAAGUGGAUAAAUGUUGGAGUCUUGGAUUAUGAUGAAGAGUCAAAACUCUACUUGGUACAUAAGACAAACAAAAUGGACCUUGUUCGAGACCUCAAUGGGAAACGUAUAAUCAAUGGAGGAAUGACAGCUGAAGGGAGACCCCCACUGAUCUCCUGUCAGUAUUGGGUGCCUCGGAUCCGUUUACUUUUUCUUGCUGAGGAUCCUCGUAAUUUUUCCCAGCGUGUGAUCUCAGCCCACAAUUUGAGGAAGAAAACACAGGCACUAUUGUUAUAUAAUCUCUAUGUGGACUGUAUGCCAGUAGAUGGAUUGCAAAGCAUUGAAGAGAAAAGUUUGCAAAAUAUGAAACAAAUGGCAAUGCAAACUUCACAUCUAAAGAAAGGAAGCCAGAUUUUACGACGGCUGCACCUCCUGGAAAAGGAAGUGUCCCUAGACUAUGAGCGUACUAUGAACAUGAUUAGCUUUGACAGAAUUGUCACUUUGAAGCGUCAGAUAUUUUCUUAUAUCACUCUGCCUGAGAAAGAGGAAGAGAAGGUACCAGAGAAAGGGCUCAUUGAAGUUCCAGAAUAUCCAUUUAAUGAGCAAAGAGAAACUUUUAGUUUUGUCUCUGUCUUGACACGGCCAGAAGUUAUCAUGGCUUUGUGCCAGGUGCGAGAUGAGUGCAAUAAAACCUCUGCUAUGUCUCUUUUCCAUUCCACCCUGACUAAGUAUGGACGACUUGAAACAUUUGAACAGAUUCAGACCCAGACCUUUUCCCAGAUUUCAAUGUUCCUCAAGGAUACAUGGAUCAAUACUCUAAAGAUAGCAGUGAGAAGCAGUCUGAGGGACAUAGGCAAAGGCUGGUAUAACUUAUAUGAGACAAAAUGGGAAGUAUAUAAGAUGUCCAAGCUUCAUCAGUUGAUGGAGCUUAUCAAGUUUAUGCUACAAGACUCUGUACGUUACCUGGUCCAGGAUUCACUUGUAAACUUCACACAGCUCUUUCUGGAUGCCUGCUACAGUGUCCUGGAUUGCCCUGAAAAUAUGACCUGGGGAGAGGAUCUUCUUAAUAGCCCUUACAAGCCACGAAAAAAUCCCCUGUUUAUAAUUGAUUUGGCUUUAGACAGUAAUGGUGUCCAUUUUAGCACACCUUUGGAGAAUUUUGAGACAUCUGUUGUUUCUCUUUUUAAUAAAGGGAUCUUGGCUACACAUAGCAUACCACAACUGGAGAAAUAUGUGCUUGAAAACAUGUUCAUCUGUGGCACACCAUUGUUAGAGUCUGUGGGUCUGAAAGAGCCAGCUGUGAUAGAAUUGCGGAAUACCAUCUGUACUUGCAUCCGCAAAGCACUGAUCCCCCUUCAAGCUUAUGCCAAGAAUUAUGAAAAGUACUUAGAACUGAAUAAUCGCGAUAUCCACAGCCUCUUAAAAGACUAUGAGGUCAAUUGUCCUUCUGCUCCAGAAGUGAGAGAAAUAGUAAACAAGCAUUUGGCAGAAAAAGAGUUGUUGGAUAAUAGUUUGCCAAGCGUCAUGGUCAUUGGCCCUUUUCAUCUCAGCGUUGAAGGUGUAAGGCAGAGCCUAUCCAAGAAAUGCAAAGCUUUGGCUACUUCAAUGCUGGACAUAUUGGCCAAGAAUUUACAUCGUCAAGUAGAAGAUAUCUGUGAUGCUUUCAAGGCCAUCAGCCGAAAAAUUUAUGAAAAACCAAACAGCAUUGAGGAACUAGCUGAGCUGCGGGAAUGGAUGAAAGGAAUCCCUGAGAAAUUGAAAGUGCAAGAGGAAUUGAUAAGUAGUGUUAUGGAAGAAUAUGAAGUCAUGGAGGAAUUUCUUUACAAUUUGACUCAAGAUGACUUCAAUGACAAGUGGGCUGCAAGUAAUUGGCCUCUGAAGAUCACUACACAAAUUGAAUUAAUAAGACAACAGCAUGUUGAAGAUGAGGAAAGAUUCCAUAAAAUUCAGCUGAUGGAUCAAAACAAUUUCUUGGAACGUUUAGAUGGCCUUCAGAUUGCAGUGGCUGGAUUUUCUGCACACAUGGAUAUUGGUCGGGCCCAUGAGAUAGCCAAUGAAGCCAGAAGAAUCAGGAAGCAAUUGAAAGAGUCCCAGCAGUUGGCAUUGCUUUACAAUAAUCGGGAGCGUAUUUUCGGCAUGCAUGUAACUAAUUAUGAUAAGUUGUCCAGGAUGGUUAAAGACUUUCAGCCCUUCUAUGAUCUUUGGAGCACAGCAUCAGACUGGCUUCGUUGGGCAGACAGCUGGAUGAAUGAUCCUCUAUCUGCCAUUGAUGCAGAGCAGUUGGAGAAGAAUGUCAACGAGUCCUUUAAAACAAUGCAUAAAUGCGUAAAACAUUUCAAGGAUAUUCCAGCAUGCCAGGAUGUGGCUGUGGAAAUCCGUGGCAAAAUUGAGGAAUUCAGGCCUUACAUACCACUGAUUCAAGGGCUGCGCAAUCCUGGCAUGCGCAAUCGCCACUGGGACAUGCUUUCAGAGGAGAUAAAAAUCAACGUGAAGCCCAAAGCCAACUUGACAUUUGCCCGCUGCCUGGAGAUGAAGCUCCAGGAUCACAUUGAGAAUAUAGCCAAAAUUGCUGAAAUUGCAGGAAAGGAAUACUCAAUUGAGAAUGCUUUGGAUAAAAUGGAGCAUGAAUGGGAAUCUAUUCUCUUCAAUGUAGUUCCCUACAAAGAAACUGAAACAUUUAUUCUGAAGAGUCCUGAUGAAGCUUCUCAGCUUCUUGAUGAUCAUAUUGUUAUGACACAAAGCAUGUCCUUCUCGCCUUUUAAAAAGCCAUUUGAGGAUAGGAUCAAUACAUGGGAAACUAAGUUGAAGUUAACCCAGGAUGUCUUGGAAGAAUGGCUCACUUGCCAGCGUUCCUGGCUAUAUCUGGAACCCAUUUUUAGUUCGGAAGACAUCAAUAGACAAUUACCUGUGGAAAGCAAACGUUACCAGACAAUGGAGAGGAUGUGGAGAAAGAUUAUGAAGAAUGCCAAUGAGAACAGAGAGGUAAUUAAUGUAUGCCCGGACCCAAGGCUAUUGGAAAAGCUAAGGGAAUGUAAUAAAUUACUGGAUCUGGUGCAGAAAGGUCUAAGUGAAUACUUGGAGACUAAGAGGGGAGCUUUCCCAAGAUUUUACUUCCUUUCUGAUGAUGAACUUUUAGAAAUACUGUCUCAAACCAAAGAUCCUACAGCUGUGCAGCCUCACCUCCGCAAGUGUUUUGAGAAUAUUGCACGGCUUCUCUUUCAGGAAGAUCUGCAGAUUACACACAUGUAUUCUGCAGAAGAUGAAGAAGUGGAGCUUUUCUCUUCUAUUUAUCCUACGGGCAAUGUGGAAGAUUGGCUGCUGCAAGUUGAGAAAAUUAUGAAGGCUAGUGUGCGGGACAAUAUUGAAAGAGCAAUUAAAGUUUACCCAGAUACACCGCGGACCACAUGGGUCUUAGAUUGGCCAGGCCAGGUGACCAUAGCUGGAUGUCAAACAUACUGGACAAAAGAAGUAUCAGAAGCUUUAGAAGCUGGAGAUUUGUCUACCAGGCUAUUUCCACAGCUAAGUGCUCAGCUGCGUGACCUAGUAGCACUUGUGCGAGGUAAACUGUCUCGGAUGCAGCGGGGAGUGUUAUCAGCUCUCAUUGUGAUUGAAGUUCAUGCCAAGGAUGUGGCAGCUAAACUUAUUGAGGAAAAUGUCAUGAGUGAAAAUGAUUUUGAAUGGAUUUCCCAGCUCAGGUACUACUGGACAAGAGAUGAUUUAUACAUUCGGGCAGUGAAUGCUGAAUUUAUUUAUGGCUAUGAAUACUUGGGUAAUAGUGGGCGCCUUGUGAUCACUCCUCUUACUGACAGAUGCUACCUGACCCUGACUGGAGCCUUGCAUUUGAAAUUUGGAGGUGCUCCUGCAGGACCAGCUGGAACAGGCAAAACAGAGACAACUAAGGAUCUGGGGAAAGCUUUAGCUAUACAGACGGUUGUUUUUAAUUGCUCGGAUCAGCUUGACUUUAUGGCAAUGGGAAAAUUCCUGAAAGGACUAGCCAGCUCUGGAGCCUGGGCUUGCUUUGAUGAAUUCAACCGCAUUGACAUUGAAGUGUUGUCUGUAGUUGCCCAGCAGAUCACAACUAUUCAAAAGGCCCAGCAACAGCGAGUGGAUCGUUUUAUAUUUGAAGGAGCUGAGAUUCCACUAGUUCCAUCUUGUGCAGUCUUCAUCACAAUGAACCCUGGCUAUGCUGGACGCACUGAAUUGCCUGAUAAUUUAAAGGCUCUUUUUCGUCCGGUGGCCAUGAUGGUUCCAGAUUAUUCCAUGAUUGCUGAGAUUUCUCUGUAUUCUUUUGGGUUUAAUGAGGCCAAAGUUUUGGCAAAGAAGAUCACUACCACUUUCAAACUGUCUUCUGAACAACUCAGUUCUCAGGAUCAUUAUGAUUUUGGAAUGAGAGCUGUGAAGACUGUGAUUUCAGCAGCUGGCAAUCUCAAAAGAGAAAAUCCAACCAUGAAUGAGGAAAUGAUUUGCUUAAGGGCUAUCAAAGAUGUCAAUGUUCCUAAAUUCCUGCAAGAUGAUCUCAAGCUGUUCAAUGGUAUAAUUUCUGAUCUAUUUCCCAUGAUCAAAGAAGAAACUAUUGACUAUGGCAUUUUGGAGGAAGCAAUUCACAAAUGCUGCCUAAAAGACAAUUUGAAAGAUGUUGAUGGUUUCAUCACCAAGUGUAUUCAGCUGUAUGAAACAACAGUGGUACGGCAUGGCCUCAUGCUGGUGGGGCCCACAGGCUCUGGAAAAACAAAGUGUUAUAAAGUUUUGUCAGCUGCGAUGACAUCUUUGAAAGGUCGGCCUUCAGUCAGUGGUGGAAAUUAUGAAGCUGUCAGUUACUUUAUACUGAACCCUAAAUCUAUAACUAUGGGCCAGCUGUAUGGAGAAUUUGACUUGUUAACUCAUGAAUGGACAGAUGGGAUCCUCCCUGCUCUCAUUCGGGUAGGAGCUGUAGCCACUGAUAAAAAAAAGAAAUGGUACAUGUUCGAUGGCCCUGUGGAUGCAGUUUGGAUUGAAAAUAUGAACACUGUGCUGGAUGACAACAAGAAACUCUGCCUUAGUUCUGGUGAAAUAAUUAAACUAACAGAGGCAAUGACCAUGAUGUUUGAAGUCCAGGAUUUAGCAGUGGCCUCUCCGGCUACUGUGUCUCGGUGUGGCAUGGUAUACCUGGAGCCCAGCAUCUUGGGUUUAAAACCAUUUGUGGAAUGCUGGCUAAGAAAUAUUCCAGACAUUAUGAAGCCAUUUUCAGAGCAGCUGGAAUCACUUUUCAACAGAUUUUUAGAGGAAUCUGUCAGUUUUGUCAGAAAUUCAGUGAAAGAAAUAAUUGCCUCCACAGAUUCUAACUUGACAAGAAGCCUUGAGAAGUUAUUGGACUGUUUUUUUCACCCCUUCAUUCCCAUUGAGGGAAUGAAAAAAAUGCCUCCAGAGAAGACAGCUCGUAUUGGUGAACUGAUAGAAUCCUGGUUCAUAUUUGCUUUGAUAUGGAGUGUUGGUGCAACUGGAGAUGCCCCAAGUCGAGUCGCCUUCAGUAAUUGGUUAAGAAAGAAGAUGUCAGAUGAGAAGAUUAAACUGUUAUUCCCAGAAAACGGAUUGGUUUACGACUAUAAACUGGAUGAUGCUGGAAUUAGUAAUAUUGAAGACGAUGAGGAAGAAGAUAUUGUAGAGGUAUCCUGGCAGAAUUGGAUGAGUUCUUCUACAGAGUUUAAAAUGAUGCCUGAAAGCAGCUAUUGUGAUAUUAUUGUACCUACAAUGAACACUGUCCAAAUGGCGUAUCUCUUAGAAAUGUUACUGACUAAUCACAAACCGGUUCUUUGUAUUGGUCCCACAGGAACUGGAAAAACUCUUACUAUAGCAGACAAGCUACUGAAGAACCUGCCAUUAGAAUAUAUCAGCCAUUUUCUGAUGUUCUCUGCUCGAACCUCAGCCAACCAAACACAAGAUCUCAUUGACAGCAAGCUGGAUAAAAGGCGUAAGGGAGUUUUUGGGCCCCCGCUUGGCCGGUAUUUUAUUUUUUUCAUUGAUGAUCUGAACAUGCCAGCCUUAGAAACCUAUGGUGCCCAGCCACCCAUUGAGCUUAUUCGGCAGUGGAUGGAUCAUAAAGGCUGGUACGAUAGGAAACAAAUUGGUGUCUUUAAGAAAUUAGUGGAUAUUAACUUUAUUGGUGCCAUGGGACCACCAGGAGGUGGACGAAAUGCAGUUACACCACGCCUCACACGGCACUUCAACUUUCUCUCAUUCACUGAGAUGGAAGACAGCAGCAAGAAGAAAAUAUUCUCCAAUAUUCUUGGCAGUUGGAUGGCUGGAAAACUAGGAGAAAUAUGCUACAGAGAGCCAGUCCAUGGAUGCCCUCAAAUAGCAAAUCUAAAUGAACCUCUCGUUGAUGCUACGAUAUACGUGUAUUCAACCAUCACAUCCCAACUGUUGCCCACUCCAGCAAAAUCUCAUUACACAUUUAAUUUAAGGGAUCUCUCCAAGGUUUUCCAAGGAAUGCUGGUGGCAGAUCCAGCUAAAAUUGUGGAUAAAUUGACCCUGCUGAGGUUGUGGUAUCAUGAAAGCUGUCGUGUGUUCCGUGAUCGUUUAGUUAAUGAUGACGAUCGAUAUUGGUUUGAUGACUUGAUGAAGGACAUGAUGUUGGAAUGGAAAACCAGUUUUUAUGAAGUUGUUCCUUUUGAGCCCCUUCUUUAUGCAGAUUUCAUGACGCCUGGGUCUGAUGUGAAGCUUUAUGAACUGAUUGAUAGCAAAGAGAAACUUAUACGUGUAAUAGAAGAGUAUAUGGAUGAAUACAAUCAGAUCAAUACUACUAAGAUGAAGCUAGUGCUAUUCAUGGACGCUUUGGCACACAUAUGCCGAAUCACACGUAUUCUACGCCAGGCAUUGGGCAAUGCUCUUCUCUUGGGUGUUGGUGGUAGUGGAAGACAAUCACUGACUAAGCUGGCAUCUCAUAUAGCUGAUUAUGAAUGCUUCCAGAUAGAGCUUUCAAAAAACUAUGGGACAGCUGAGUGGAGAGAAGACAUCAAAAAGAUUAUGCUGAAGGCUGGCUUGCAAAGCCUCUCUAUUACAUUUUUGUUUACAGAUACCCAGAUCAAAAGUGAAUCCUUCCUAGAGGAUAUCAACAACUUGUUGAAUUCAGGAGACAUACCCAACUUGUAUGCCCUAGAUGAGCAAGACCAGAUUAUGACUGCUAUGAAACCAUUUGUUCAGGACCAGGGACUUCAACCCACCAAGGCCAACCUGAUGGCUGCAUAUACAGGAAAAGUGCGCAGUAAUAUCCAUACAGUACUAUGUAUGAGUCCUAUUGGGGAGGUAUUCCGAGCACGCCUCAGACAGUUCCCAUCGCUGGUAAACUGCUGUACUAUUGACUGGUUCAACGAAUGGCCUUCAGAAGCCUUGGAAUCUGUUGCUGCUGCCUUUUUCAAAGAUAUCUCAGAGAUUACUCCUGAAGUUUUAGAAGGCAUGAUUCAAAUGUGUGUAGAGAUUCAUCAGAGUGUUGCAGUUAAGUGCAAGGCAUAUCUGGCAGAAUUGGCAAGACAUAAUUAUGUCACUCCCAAAAGCUAUUUGGAGCUGCUUGGUAUCUUCAUCAGUUUGAUAGGAACAAAGAAACAGGAGCUGAACGUUGCCAAGAACAGGAUGAAGAGUGGACUGGAUAAGCUUUUGCGAACAGCAGAUGAUGUAGCAAAAAUGCAGGAAGAGCUAGAAUUAGCUCGCCCCCUGCUGGCAGAGGCUGCCAAAGACACACUCGUGACCAUGGAACAAAUACAGGUAGACACAGCUGUAGCAGAAGAGACAAGAAAUGCGGUACAAGCAGAAGAAAUGAAAGCUAAAGUGAAAGCUCAAACUGCUCAGGCUAUUGCUGAUGAUGCACAGAAAGACCUAGCAGAAGCCCUCCCUGCUCUGGAUGCUGCCCUCGCAAGCUUGAGGAAUCUCAACAAAAAUGAUGUUACUGAGGUGCGAGCAAUGCAGCGCCCUCCACUUGGAGUGAAAUUGGUGAUAGAAGCUGUUUGUAUUAUGAAGGGAGUCAAGCCCAAAAAAAUAGCAGGCGAGAAGCCAGGUACUAAGAUAGAUGACUACUGGGAGCCUGGCAAAGGUCUUCUUCAGGACCCAGGGAAGUUUCUUGAAAGUUUAUUUAAAUACGAUAAGGAUAAUAUUGCGGAUACUGUGAUCAAGUUCAUCCAACCAUAUAUUGACAGUGAAGAAUUUCAGCCGGCAGUUGUAGCUAAAGUCUCCAAAGCCUGCACGUCAAUCUGCCAGUGGGUCAGGGCUAUGCAUAAGUACCACUUCGUGGCAAAAGCUGUGGAGCCAAAGCGCCAAGCCCUGAGGGAAGCUGAAGAAGAUUUGCAAGCCACACAGAAAGUCCUGGAUGAAGCCAAGGAACAUCUCCGAGAAGUGGAGGAUGGCAUUGCCAAUCUUCAGGCUAAGUACAAAGGCACUUUAUCCACAAAAGAGGAACUGGAGAUGAAGUGUGAUCAAUGUGAACAGAGAUUGAACCGAGCUGACAAACUAAUUAAUGGUCUGGCUGAUGAAAGAAUACGUUGGCAGGAAACAGUCCAGAAACUAGAUUAUAUGAUCAACAACAUUGUAGGCGAUGUUUUAGUUUCCUCUGGCUUCAUUGCAUAUUUAGGACCAUUUACGGGUCAAUAUCGCAUAUCGCUUUGUGACGAAUGGAUAAGCCGGCUGGAGUUACAUAAGGUUCCACACACAAAAGAACCAAAUUUCAUAGCUACACUUGGAGACCCAGUGAAAAUCCGAUCAUGGCAGAUUGCAGGUUUACCUAAUGAUACUUUAUCUGUGGAAAAUGGUAUGAUUACACAGUUUUCUCAACGCUGGACUCUAUUUAUAGAUCCACAGGGACAAGCCAACAAAUGGAUAAAAAACUUGGAAAAAGAUAGUGGGCUAGAUACAUGCAAGCUCAGUGACCGGGAUUUUCUACGUAGCUUAGAGAAUGCCAUUCGUUUUGGGAAGCCAUUUCUCUUGGAGAACGUAGGGGAAGAACUAGAUCCAGCUCUUGAACCUGUGCUGUUGAAACAGACUUAUAAACUGCAGGGCAGCAUAGUAUUGAAGCUGGGAGACACAGUGAUUCCAUAUCAUGAUGAUUUCAACUUGUACAUCACUACCAACCUUCCUAAUCCCCAUUACACUCCAGAGUUAUCAACAAAGCUUACCCUGAUUAACUUCACCCUAUCUCCCAGUGGCUUAGAGGACCAGUUGCUAGGCCAGGUGGUAGCUGAAGAACGGCCUGACUUAGAAGAAGCUAAGAACCAGCUGAUUGUCAGCAAUGCCAAGAUGCAACAGGAACUGAAGGAAAUUGAAGACCAAAUUCUGUACCGUCUGAGCUCUUCCGAGGGGAACCCUGUGGAUGACCUGGAGCUCAUCAAAGUUUUGGAAGCAUCCAAAUUAAAAGCAGGAGAAAUUCAGGCCAAAGUAAAGGCAGCUGAGCAGACUGAGAAAGAUAUUGAUAUCACUCGGCUGGAGUAUGUCCCUGUGGCUGUCCGCACCCAGAUCCUUUUCUUCUGUGUCUCAGACCUGUCCAAUGUUGAUCCCAUGUACCAAUAUUCGUUGGAGUGGUUCCUCAAUAUAUUUCUAACAGGAAUUGCAAACUCGGAGAGAGCAGAUACGCUGAAGAAGCGGAUUGCAAAUAUCAAUAAGUACCUCACCUUUAGCCUCUACAGCAAUGUUUGUCGCAGCCUCUUUGAGAAACAUAAGCUCAUGUUUGCAUUCCUGGUGUGCAUCCGGAUCAUGAUGAAUGAAGGCAAAAUAGACAUGGAGGAAUGGCGUUACCUUAUUUCUGGCGGCACUAUAAAGAUCAUGCGAGAUAAUCCAGCUCCGGCCUGGCUAUAUGAAAGAGCAUGGAAUGAUAUCCUGGCCUUAACCAACUUGCACAAUUUCUCCUCAUUUGCUGAUGACUUUGUCGCAAACCUGUCUGGGUUUCGCACAAUUUUUGACAGUGCUGAACCUCACAGGGAGCCUCUGCCAGGCAUAUGGGACACCAAGCUGGAUUCUUUUCAAAAACUGUUAGUCCUGCGCUGUCUGCGGGGGGACAAAGUCACCAAUGCGAUGCAGGACUUUGUGGCUGCUAACUUGGGACAGAGCUUUAUUGAACCACAGACUGCAAACCUUUCAGUGGUCUUUAAGGAGUCUACUUCUACCACCCCGUUGAUAUUCGUCCUCUCUCCAGGCACAGACCCAGCUGCCGAUCUGUAUAAAUUUGCUGAAGAAAUGAAGUUUUCCAAGAAACUCUCAGCAAUUUCUCUUGGACAGGGACAAGGACCGCGAGCAGAAGCCAUGAUGCGCAGUGCAAUGGAACGUGGGAAGUGGAUCUUCUUUCAAAAUUGCCACUUGGCUCCAAGCUGGAUGCCUUCUUUGGAGAGACUCAUUGAAGGCAUUAACCCUGAUAAGGUACACCGAGAUUUCCGACUUUGGUUGACCAGUUUGCCAAGUAACAAGUUUCCAGUGUCCAUCCUCCAGAAUGGAUCCAAGAUGACCAUUGAGCCCCCUCGGGGAGUUAAAGCUAACCUGCUGAAGUCUUACAGUAGCCUGAGCAAUGACUUCUUGAACUCCUGCAUCAAAGUUAGCGAAUUCAAAUCCUUGCUCCUUUCUCUUUGCCUGUUCCAUGGCAAUGCACUAGAAAGGAGAAAGUUUGGCCCACUGGGUUUCAAUAUUCCGUAUGAGUUCACCGAUGGAGAUCUGCGCAUUUGCAUCAGCCAGCUGAAAAUGUUUCUGGAUGAAUAUGAAGAAAUCCCUUACAAGGUUUUGAAGUACACUGCUGGUGAAAUUAAUUACGGAGGCAGAGUGACGGAUGAUUGGGACAGACGCUGCAUUAUGAACAUUCUGGAAGAUUUCUAUAAUCCAAGUGUUCUAAAUGCAGAGUUUUCUUACUCUGAAUCUGGAAUCUACAAGCAGAUAAAUACCUCUUAUGACCUCAAUGGAUACAUCCAGUACAUCAAAACCCUUCCCCUUAAUGAUAUGCCAGAAAUCUUUGGAUUGCAUGACAAUGCCAACAUCACCUUUGCUCAGAACGAGACCUACGCACUGCUUGCUGCAAUUAUCCAGCUUCAGCCAAAGACUUCAGCUGCAGGAGGACAAAGCAGGGAGGAGAUUGUAGAGGAGACCUCAAAUGACAUAUUGCAGAAAGUACCUCAGCCCAUUGAUUUGCACGAAGUGUUGUUGAGAUAUCCUGUGUUGUAUGAGGAAUCUAUGAACACUGUUCUGACACAGGAGGUGAUCAGAUACAACCGUUUGCUACAAGUAAUUGCACAGAGUCUAAAAGAUCUGCUCAAAGCUCUUAAAGGCUUAGUAGUAAUGUCUUCCCAGCUGGAGUUGAUGUCCAACAGCCUGUACAACAACAUUGUCCCAGAGAUGUGGAAGAGUAAGGCAUAUCCGUCUCUGAAGCCCUUAGCCUCCUGGGUGAAUGACCUGCUUCUUCGCAUUGACUUCUUGCAUAAAUGGAUUGCUAAAGGAAUUCCACCAGUUUUCUGGAUCAGCGGCUUCUUCUUCCCACAAGCUUUUCUAACAGGAACAUUACAGAACUUUGCUAGAAAAUCCGUGAUAUCUAUAGACACCAUCUCUUUUGACUUCAAGGUACUGAGUGAAUCUGUGAGUGAACUCACUGAGCGUCCUGAGAUGGGAUGUUACAUCCAUGGCUUAUUUCUAGAAGGGGCUCGAUGGGACCCUAUAUUAUUUGAGCUAAUGGAAUCCAAGCCUAAGGAACUCUACACAGAGAUGGCUGUCCUUUGGUUAGUCCCUAUCCCCAACCGCAAGGCUCCGACCACAGGGAUGUAUCUGUGUCCCAUUUACAAGACUCUCACUCGGGCAGGGACACUAUCAACAACAGGUCAUUCAACUAAUUAUGUGAUUGCUGUAGAAAUACCUACCAGUAAAUCUCAGAGGCACUGGAUUAAACGGGGAGUUGCCUUGAUCUGCGCCUUGGACUUCUAGGCAUUAACAAUAAAAGAGCAGUCCAAUAAAGCAGAAUAAUUUGGAAGUUGUUUACAUGUUGUUUAAGACUGGAUUCAUAUCUUGAAGCUUGAAUUGAAGGAACCACAGAACUGACUUAAAUAAAUAUAAUGUGUAUCUUUUCAUUUAAUUUAAAUUUACAUUAAAAUCAUUUUUUAAAAAUUUCAUAAAUGACUGUAUGGUGCUGUUUUCUUAAUAUACCCCAUUCAGUUCUUUUUUUAAUGUAGCCUAUAAAUUGCAAUUAACUACAAGGAAAAAAAUAAGUACACAUUAUACACAAUUAAG